AUGGCAUAUGGUACUGAGGCAAUAAUACCGAUAGAACACCAAGUUCCUACCAUUCAGAGUUUAGCGUGGAAUCAGGAGCAGAAUGAUCAUAUGCUGAAAUUCAACCUCAACCUGCUUGAAGAAAAGAGGAAUGGUGCAGCAGUAAGGCUCACAUCAUAUCAACAAACGCUCAUGAACAGUCACAACAGAAAGGUGAGGCAUAAGGGUUUUGCACCUGGUGAUUUGGUUCUGAAAAGAAAAAUUGGUAUUAUUAAGAAAAUUGUGUCACCAUGGAAAGGUCCGUAUAGAGUUGCAGAGGUUAUCGGAAAGGGGGCAUAUGUCUUAGAGACCAUGGCUGGAAGGCUGAGAUUCAGAUCAGAUGUAGUCAAAAAGUAUCCUUUCAUUCAUAUUAAGCUGAAAGAUUACAAAGAGAUACAUAAGAUGAGUACAAUCAAGUUCUAUCUGUCUCCUUGUUCACUUGUUCACCCUCAGCAGCCUCCCCAGGAUGGUUAG